AUGGUUGAGUCCAUGAUGGUUGAGUCCAUGAUGGUUGAGUCCAUGAUGGUUGAGUCCAUGAUGGUUGAGUCCACGUGUACCUUUGAUAAAACUUGUCGCCGAAGUGGUACUACAGAGCAAGCAGACCUGAUUGACCAUCUCUCUCUCAGAAGACGUGGUCUCCCGGAACGACUCAAGCCACUCAAGGUAUCUCUCACGCCUCGCACGCGUCCACCAGCACUCAAAACAGUCUUUUGUAAACUGCGCCUUGUCAAAGUCGAUGCGCUCCAAGGAUUAGCACUACAUGCUACGAGUGGGCAAUCUAGCCACAGACCAUCAAUCUCCGGGUUGAAGGGGACGGGGCAGAUUCCGUGCGGCAACCCCGAGCCGAUAGCCAGGUUUGAUGAUGAGGAGCACACAGACUUUUGCUCGUCAGCCUCGUCUUCCACUGGGCGCCGUGCCUUCAUGGCGAGAAUGCCACCGGAUUUACCACCACCCUGA